GGCUCCCAAUUGGUAUCGAGCCGUUUCGAUUACAUUCCAGGUUUAGUUCCGGGCGUCAGUUGUUAGCAGCGGAAGAGAAAUUCUCGUUACCAACUCCCUUCAGCAAGAGACCAUCAUGUCGUUUGAGCAAGAUCGUCGCAGUAUCUACGAGCGGCGCCGUAACAUCCUGUACCUGGUCGCCAACUAUCUUACCACCAUGGGACUGCACCAAACACGCCAGGCACUGGUCGACGAAACGCAGCUAACUUCUGAGUUUGAGGUGUGCGACAAUAUCGAUCUGGAUACCAUCUACCAGGACUUUUGUAGCUAUUUUCUGCUAAAGUUUGGCAAACAGCCACGGAUCGUUAAGCGCACCGAAACGAUGGGUUUACUGCCGCCUGGAGCUGGAGCUGUUCAACGAAAGUACUCCGGUGCUCGUCGUAAACCACCUGCAAAUGGUGGAAAGUCCGAGGGCAAGGAAUCUCUCCUAGCACUGGGAGCAGGUGAGGAACUUCCAUCACUUCGGAUCACAGCCGGUAUGGUUUCUGAGCAGGUUGGACCCGUAUCAGAAGGUCCUCUAGUGCCGGCAGCCAAUCCGAAGCUUCUGGUACGGCUCCAAGACCAUUUCACCAGCGAGUGGAAGGAUCUGGCCGAAGAAGUUUGCCGCGAUCUAAUCCGAAAGGACCUGCGCCAACGCUGGCACCAAGUUAAAGGCCUCGAAGGGCCUAUUCAGGUGCUGAAAGAGAGUGUCAUUGCCCCGCUGGAGCAUCCGGAACUGUUCGUAGGCCUCGCGCAACCAUGGCGCUGUGUGCUGCUGCACGGUGCCCCCGGCACCGGUAAAACCCUUCUCGCUCGUACACUCUGCUCCGAGACGCGUGAAUCAGUCACCUUUUUCAGCACCAGCGCCAGCACACUGAUUUCGAAGUGGCGCGGCGAAUCGGAGAAGCUUAUCCGGGUGCUGUACGAGGUGGCCAAGUUCUACGCACCGUCCAUCAUCUUCAUCGAUGAGUUCGACAGUUUGGCAUCGCGCCGUGACACGAUCCGUGAGCAUGAGGCAUCGAAACGAUUCAAGAAUGAGUUUCUCGCACUCAUCGAUGGGCUCGAGGGAGGCGAUGGCAAUGGUCCCUCAACAGGAGCGGGGAAUGGGGGUGAAAGGGAGCGUGUCUUUCUUCUGGCCAGCACCAACCUGCCGUGGGAAAUUGAUCCAGCAUUUCUGCGACGCUUCGAGCGUAAGAUACUCGUCGAUCUACCAACGGCCGAUGGACGCAAGGAGUUGAUCGAGCAUCUACUUCCGGCCGUUCGAUCGUGGACAGAACAGGAGAUGCAGCAGAUCGUUUCGCUCUCGGAGAACUGGACCGGUGACGAGGUACGGUUAGCCUGCAAGGAAGCCUCGAUGAUGCUGUUGAGGGAGAAGAUGGGUGAGACGAGCAAAUGCGCCAAAAUCGAUCCAGAUGCCCUACAGUUCCCGAUGCUACGGAGAGCAUUCGAACAGCUGCGGCCCGGGUGUGCGGAAUUGGCACAGAAACACCGUGACUGGAGCCAGCGUUACGGUACACAGCUAAUUGACUGAGGAACAAUUCGCUCGCUCGAAGCACAAAUAAAUGCCUGGUGUCCUUGGAAACA